UCCUCCUCCUCCUCCUCCUGGUCGGAAACGGGAUGUGAUGUAAAUACACAGAAACUUUUUUCCCCCUGUCCCAGGUCUUUGGAGAGUGUGUGGAUCUUCUUCCACCAGCAGGGUCCCGAGCUGCGACCACAGUCGGACUAAUAGAACCAGGAGACAUCAGGAUAAAGGAUAAUAAAGCCUCUUUAUUCCCUCAGCCAUGAUCCUGUGAGCUCCAACCACCCGACAACUUACCAGAAACUCGAGCUGCCGCACUGAGAGACUCCGGAGAGGGGGGGGAAGGAAAAGAGAGAGGGAGAGAGGGAGAGGGAAGAAGAAAAAAACGGGUCGGACCGGGCCGAAGCGCGCUGCUGUUGGAUCCGGGGGAAACUGCGGACAGAGAUGUAGCGUGCGUGCUGGUGAGAUCGGUGGACCAUCAUGCACCUCUUCCCGCUGCUGCUGAUCCUUCAAGCUACAGCAGCUAUCGGACAGAUUGACCCAGGGCGCUGCCGUUACCCCUUGGGCAUGGAGGAUGGACGGAUCAAGAAUGAAGACAUCUCAGCAUCCAGUCAAUGGUACGAGACCACGGGACCGCAGUACGCCAGGUUGAAUCGUGAGGAAGGAGACGGCGCCUGGUGUCCCAAAGGACAGCUGGAACCUUCAGACAGGCAGUACCUGCAGGUGGACCUGGGCAGACUCACCUUCCUGACGCUGGUCGGGACUCAGGGACGCUACGCCGGCAGCCUGGGGAAGGAGUUCGCCCGAGCGUACCGCCUCAACUACAGCCGAGACGGCCAGCAGUGGAAGUCGUGGAGGAACCGGCAGGAAAAUGAGGUGAUUCCAGGCAACGACAACACCUACGCGAUCGUCUACCGGGACCUUCAUCCUCCCCUCAUCGCCCGCUACGUCCGCCUGAUGCCGGUCACCAAACCGUCCACCACCGUCUGCAUGAGGGUGGAGCUGUACGGCUGUCCGUGGGACGACGGCCUGAUAUCCUACAGCACGCCGGAGGGUCAGAACAUGGUGCUGCCCGGCUAUCCCGCCGCCAGCCUCAACGACUCCACGUAUGACGGGGAGCGUGAACGGAGGAAGCUGGUGCGUGGCCUGGGCCAGCUGACGGACGGAGAGACGGGCCAGGACGACUUCCUGAUCACCCACCAGAAGAAGACGUGGCCGGGAUACGACUACCUGGGCUGGAGGAACGACUCGAUGGGAACUCAGGGAUACGUGGAGAUGGAGUUUGUGUUCGACAGGCAGAGGAACUUCACCUCCAUGAAGGUUUACAGCAACAACAUGUUCUCCCGCGACGUGAAGAUCUUCUCCUCCGUGUCGUGUUGGUUUAAGCCCCGCUUGAGCUGGGAGCUGGAGCCGGUGGUGUUCAAGACGGUGCUGGACGACCGGAACCCCAGCGCCCGCUACGUCACCGUGCCCCUCAACCGCCGCACCGCCAAGUCCCUCCGCUGCCACUUCUACUUCGCCGACCUCUGGAUGAUGUUCAGCGAGAUCUGCUUCCAGUCAGCAGAAGACACGACGACGGUGAUGACAGGAGUGGUGACCUCCACCUUGGGCUACGAGGACGUCACCAUGACAACCACACUAAUGACAUACAACACCGCCGUCCCGUCUGCCAACUCCACGUCCGAGGAGGGGAACACGCCCGUCCUGAUCGGCUGCCUCGUGACCAUCAUCCUUCUGCUGGUCGUCAUCAUCUUCCUCAUCCUCUGGUGCCAGUGCGUCCGCAAGGUGUUGGAGAAGGCUCCACGUCGAAUCCUUGACGAAGAGGUGACGGUUCGGUUGUCGUCCUGCAGCGACACCAUCAUCCUGCAGACCCCACCUGUGCCCCCUCGCUCUGGACACGCCCCCAGAGGCCCCGCCAACACUGACCCUCACUACGAGAGGGUUUUCCUGCUGGACCCACAGUACCAGAACCCGGCGGUGCUGAGGACCAAGCUGCCCGAGCUGUCCCAGAGCGCCGAGACCUCCGCAUGCGGCGGAGGCUACGCCGAGCCGGACGUCACCCAGUGCACCCCGCAUCAGGGUUUCCAUAGCAACGCGCCGCACUACGCCGAGACAGACAUCGUGCGGCUGCAGGGUGUCACCGGCAGCAACAUGUAUGCCGUGCCCGCCCUCACCGUGGACUCCCUCACCAGGAAGGACAUCUCGGCCGAAGAGUUUCCACGGCAACAGCUGAUUUUCAGGGAAAAGCUGGGGGAAGGGCAGUUCGGAGAGGUCCACCUGUGCGAAGCGGAAGGACUCCCAGAAUUCCUUGGGGAAAGGUCGCCUCUCCCAGACAGGGAGGGCCGUUCGGUGCUGGUGGCCGUGAAACAGCUGAGGGCCGACGCCACCAGCCAAGCCAGGAACGACUUCCUGAAGGAGAUAAAGAUCAUGUCCCGCCUGGACGACCCGAACAUCAUCCGGCUGCUGUGCGUCUGCGUGUCGUCUGACCCGCUGUGCAUGGUGACCGAGUACAUGGAGAACGGGGACCUCAACAUGUUCCUGUCGCAGCGGGAGAUCGAGAGCACGCUGACGCACGCCAACAACAUCCCAUCUGUGAGCCUGUCGGACCUCCUCCACAUGGCGGUGCAGAUUGCGUCGGGGAUGAAGUAUCUUGCGUCUCUGAACUUUGUUCAUCGCGACCUGGCGACCAGGAACUGCCUGGUGGACCGCCGGCUCACCAUCAAGAUCGCCGACUUCGGGAUGAGCCGGAACCUGUACAGCAGCGACUACUACCGCAUCCAGGGCCGGGCGGUGCUGCCCAUACGGUGGAUGGCCUGGGAGAGCAUCCUGCUGGGAAAGUUCACCACGGCGAGUGACACGUGGGCGUUCGGAGUCACCCUGUGGGAGAUCUUCACCCUGUGCAAGGAGCAGCCCUACAGCCUGCUGUCCGACGAACAGGUCAUCGAGAACACUGGCGAGUUCUUCAGGAACCAGGGCAGACAGAUCUUCCUCUACACCCCCCCGCUCUGCCCACCCUCUCUCUUCGAGCUCAUGAUGCGUUGCUGGAGUCGCAACAUCCAGGACCGCCCCACCUUCGAGGGACUCUACCAGGCCCUGAGGCCCCACGUCAACCAGUGACCCGGUCCCGCUGGGGGGGGUCACGCUCCACAGAGCUGUCGGAGGGGACGGGGAACCCGGCAGAGCCGCUUUGUGACUGUUUUUGAGAAACCGGGUGAAGAUGGAAGACAGAAACUUUAGUCUGUAGACGUUAAAGAUUCUUUCAUUGCUGAUUUCUGCAGCUUCUUCGACCUCUAUAAAGCUUAAACCACCUUUUUUAUUCUUUCGUCUCCGGGUUUCACUGUUGCCCGAAACUUUUGCUUUUUUCGAAGAUGCCAAAUACUGGACGGACGUUUCAGUCUCAUCGUGUCUCAUCGUGUCUCCCGUCUCCGUGGUUUUCAUUUCAAAGCACUGUUGCUGUGUCUCCUCGUUGCUUGUGUUCAGAUAUUAACCCACACUGGAGUUAAAAUGUAGUGAUGGCUUUUGGUUUUGAUUUUAUUUUUUUGAUUUGAGGUGUUUGUUUGUUGUUUUUUGUGGACAUGAAUGUUGUUCAGCUGAGGUUCACGUCACGGUGCCAAGAGGCUGCGUCUGAAACCUGUGUGGCCCGCGGACUGAAACCCGUCUGUGGGAGCUGUGGGAGCUGUGGGAGCUGUGGGAGCUGUGGGCGGUGGGGCUGAAACCACAUCAGAGGAAAAGGAGCUGAGCUGUGCCAGUUGAAAUGUGUCCAAAAACAAAAACAGAUCUUUAUAAACACGGUGAGAUUGUCCUGGUGUCGAGAGAAAGAUGCUUUCCUCCUGUGAUGGCAGGGUCCGGGUUUCCUGAGUCAACGGUACCGUGGGUUCUGGGGUCUGCAGCAUUUACAGAUAUGUUGAUGACGGGGCCCGCGGGCCUUCGGGUGCUCUGUUCUGCCUUCAUGUUCCACCGUCUCGUUCCCCUGAAGGUUCAUCAGCCGGAUUCAGAAUAUUGAGGAUUUUUAAACGAUAUUCAGUUGGAAAAUUCAGUAAAUCAUGUUAAUGUCCGUCCAACCGUCUGUUAACUUCUGCUUAUCAGAGUUCGGGCUUCAGGGGCGGCAGCCAAAGAGGCCCGUCUUGGCAGCGUGUGUGGCCCGGUCCACCUGCACCAGUCCACCAGUCAUAUCACUGUAACAACAUCACUGUCACGAUUGACUUUUGGUACCAAAUCUUUCUAAAGUCCGGUCCAGAUCGAUGUGUUUGAAAAGUCUAAGCAUCGUUAUUUGAAUGUCCUUCAUGAAGCGUAACUUUGCAGUUCGGAUCGUGGGGCAGAACCUCCCAGGGUGCAUUUGGGCCUCUAUUGGGGAUUUAGAUUUAGAUUCAGAUUAGCUGCUCGGUUAAAGCGGGACUCAGAUCAAUUGGGUUCGUUUUCUUUCAUCAUCUGUGUCACUAAACAAAACCAUUACAUGUUGGCUGGGCUGAAGUCAGGCAGGCACUUCUGGACGAGUUCUGAGCGAAGCAUCUGUGCUUCAGAGGCGGUCCGGGUCACUUCAGCGUCCCGUCAUCAACGUGAAGGCAGCAGGGUUUUACUCAAGAAGGAUCACCACAUUUUAGUUCUGCAGGGAGUGACAUCAUAGUUGACAUCCAAAACUUUAAAGGGGACAUGCAAAAAGUAAUAUUUCUGUGGUAAGAUACGACUUAUUUGGGUUGUUGGAAGUCAUCCCCAAAAGUCUGGAUCUGUGACAUCACAGAUCCAGAGUUUUUUCACCAAGACGUCACAAAACUAUGCCAGUUUUUGAGAAGAAGGUUUUAACAUGUCUGAAACAGGCUCCGCCCACUCCCCUCCGUCAGGACAUAAACCCACUUCAGUGAUGGUUGGGAGUCGUGCCACUUUGAUUAGCAUAUACAGAAGCAGUCGUCACUUUGAUAUGAAGCCUCGUGCACCAACUAUUUCUCCACAUUAUUAUCACUGUGUCGCCAUCGAGAGGAAAAAAGCACAUUUCGGUUCAAACUUUCAUCGUUUUCACUCCUUUUUUACAAUGAAAUGGUGUAAACUGGCUUUAAGAGAGGAAGACCACAUGAGAUGAUUUUGUGAACAUUUCUGAGUGUUUUGUCAUCUGUACUGUAUUUCACACUUCUGUGAGUGUGUAUAGGUGUGUGUGUAGGUGUGUGAGAGUGAGUGUUUGCAAGAAAAUGAAGUUGUGAUUUAAUGUUUUCAACAUUCCUUUUGAGCACUGGGAGCUCGUUGGGACCGACGUGGUUAACUGGAGUUGCUCUGUUGUGCCAAAUCACGUGAUAAACUGAGAGGAAAACAACAAGAGAAGGAAAACCACUAAACUCAAUCUCCCAGAAUGCUUUGCUACAGUGAGCCUGUGUGUUUUGUUCUGGUUUCUUCGGAGCGGUCUUUAGUUCCCGUAGUGUACAGUAUAAGUGAUAUAUGAUACCCAGUGUGUGAAUGCAGAUUACGUGUGGUAAUUGUUAAUAAUAAUUGAUUAUCUAUCAGAAUUUAUAGUAGCUAUUUCUGAUCGUUUCUCCUGGGGGAAGUUAAGGGGUUUGUUGUUGUUUUUAUUUUCCCGACCAUUUUUGCAGUUUCUGAAUGAGAUGUUCUGCUGUGUUAACUCCAGUUUCACACCCACACUGUUCGAUCCUCAGACUUUUUCAGAUAUUUUCUGUACAUAAGCGAGUGGCUGUGUAUAUUAAUAUAUUGGAAGGUGAAAACGUCGUGGUCCGUGGUCCCAAAUCAUUUUCAUUCUGUACUUCACUGUCAUGGUUCAUUCUCCUUAUAAUAAACACUCAAAGUUGUCAAACACAAAA